CCCUGACAACACAUGGUAGGCGGGAGCGGGACCUCCUCUGCCUGGGGUGCCAGCAGGUCCAGGCCCAGGCCAGGCCCCCUCGGUUCCUGAUGUGACUCCACACCCUGGCUGGGUGUUCCAAGUCAUGGCUGACACCAUCUUUGGCAGUGGGAAUGAUCAGUGGGUUUGCCCCAAUGAUCGGCAGCUUGCCCUGCGAGCCAAGCUGCAGACAGGCUGGUCUGUGCACACCUACCAGACAGAGAAGCAGAGGAAGAGCCAGUGCCUCAGCCCAGUCGAGGUGGAGGCCAUCCUGCAGGUCAUCCAGAGGGCCGAGCGGCUUGACAUCCUGGAACAGCAGAGAAUCGGGCGGCUGGUGGAGCGGCUGGAGACCAUGAGGAGCAAUGUGAUGGGGAAUGGCCUCUCCCAGUGUCUGCUCUGUGGGGAGGUGCUGGGCUUCCUGGGCAGCUCAUCGGUGUUCUGCAAAGACUGCAGGAAGAAAGUCUGCACCAAAUGCGGGAUCGAGGCCUCCCCCGGCCAGAAGCGGCCCCUGUGGCUGUGUAAGAUCUGCAGUGAGCAGAGAGAGGUCUGGAAGAGGUCGGGGGCCUGGUUCUACAAAGGGAUCCCCAAGUACAUCCUGCCCCUGAAGACCCCCGGCCAGGCCGAUCACCCCCACUUCCGACCAUUGCCCAUGGAGCCAGCAGAGCAAGAGCCCAGAAGUACUGAGAGCGGCCGCGUCUACACGUGGGCCCGAGAGAGAGUGGUUUCCAGCGACAGUGACAGCGACUCAGAUCUCAGCUCCUCCAGCCUGGAGGACAGACUCCCACCCACUGGGGUCAGGGACCGGAAAGGCGACAAACCCUGGGGGGAAUCGGGUGGCAGCGUGGAGUCAUCAAAGAUGGGGCCUCCCCGGCCACCCAGCCGCCUCUCAGGGAGCCAGGGCAGCCUGGCCAUCGAGACCGGACCGGCUCUGCGGCCCCGCAGCGGGGUGCCCCACCCUGGCCGGACCCAGAAGGCCACAUGGAAGAAUAAAGAAAUGCAUAGGAAGGAUAAACAACAGCUUUCAAGAUACAUCUUGAGAAGAAGAGGCACAAGGAACGGUUUCAACUUUACUGAUAAUGUUUCAUUAAUCUCAGCGAUGGAUAGAUGGCUACUACAGGAUGUGCUCCAACCAAACAAGGGAGAAAACCAGGACACAGGAACACAGGAAACUGAGGAUCCAACAGAGGAGAGAGGCAAAGAGAGUCCCCAGGAUGUUGGCAGUGGCUGUGUGUGGGGGCUAGAGGCCAAGGCCAGCCAGCCCAGAUUGGAGCAUGAGGACAGGGGAGAUACCCAAGGAUGUACAAACAGGAUAAGAAGCAUACCUGUGUUGGAGAGAUUGAAUAUGAUAUCAUGAUAUUCUAUAUCAUGACAUAUAAAAUAAUAUAUAAAACUGAAAAAUCAAGAAGUAGAAUCAGCAUGAGAUUUCAGUACAAAGGUAAACACCAGCAGAAAUGGCUGAGUUCUAAGGGUUGCCUAGAGAGGGACUUGGGUUGGGGAUGGGGGGGGGGGGGCAGGAGAUUGCUGCCCUAUGUUAUAUUUAUAGUACAGUUUUUAACUUUGUACCAAAUUAUAUUUCUAACAAUGGAAUUUUUUGUGGAAAAAUAUGUAUCAAACAGGAUAAACCCGUGGGAUGUGGGUGAGAGCCCUGGAGCCAUAGCAGGAAAGUAAGAUAAAGAGGCGAUGAGGACCUGCCUUGCAGAGAAAAUACAGCCCCAGAGGUCCCUUUAUCCAAAUGCCCGGCCUGUAAGGGGCUGUUGCCUCUGCCUCCCGGCUCUCAGGAACCUCUGUGCUGGGACCGACACCCCCUUUAGACUCCUCAGACCUGAUGUAGCACAAGCCACCACACUCAGCUCCCACUAGAACCCUGUGCCUGGACCAGACCUAGUCUAGGACAAGGACCCAAUCCUUACAGCCUCCAGGGUGAAUUCCAAAUGUGUUUCCUAGAGAUGUGUCCCAGGUUGAUGGGGUUCUGAAGCAGUUUCAUCAUGUGUUAACCCCGGAAGCCUUCAGCUUUAGGGCAGAGAUGGGAUGCAGAUACCUCCACCAGGGUCUGGGAGCUGCCAGGAGUCAAGGGUUCUUUAUGGUGGGUCUGGGAACCAAGAAAUCCUUGCUUUCUGAGUCUCAAGCAUCCAACUUACAAAUUAACUUUUGAAGCUGAGACUCUCACAGUUAGGGGUGGAGGAAGGUCUGUGGCAUCUGUAAAAAUCAUGGAGCGCAGAAAUGACUUGACUUGUCCCAAAUAUUGGAUAACCCAAGUAGUCCCUAAAAGAGACCACAGGUGGAAAGCUCAUGAACUUUGGAUACCUGAUUUUGAAUCC